AUGCUAUCAGUUGAUCACAACUAUCAGUAUAAGCAAUGGGUUGAAAAUCAAGACGUCAUUGUACAGACAGUCCAACAUACUCUAAGGGGUAUACCUCGAGAUUUGUCCUCAUUUGAUCUUUUCUGUCGUUUAUUUCGGACUUAUUAUGAAUUAUGCAAACAACAUCAUCAAGAAUGGAUGACCUCUGCCGAAACUAUUGUCAUCGGGUGGUUGAUAAGUAUGAUGAUGCAACAGAUCAUUGCAAACGAGACUAGAACUUCCCAUGGACAUGGCCGAGCGACGGCUGCCUACAAACGGAUCGCCAACUCUACUGGUUUAACACCAUCUCAGAUCAAAGCAUUGCGCAGAAGUUUCAGAUUUUAUAGUUUCUGGCUUGGAAUGUUCAUCUUCUUUAAUCCAAGAGAUUUGCGAAAGUAA